CCGCCGCUCGCGGCCGCAGAGCUUCAGUCUGAGCUCCGCGCCCGCGCUGCCAGCAUGACCGAUACCCUGCUGCCUGCGGCCCCCCAGCCGCUGGAGAAGGAGAGCGACGGCUACUUUCGGAAGGGUUGUAACCCCCUUGCACAAACUGGCCGGAGCAAACUGCAGAAUCAGAGAGCUGCUCUGAACCAGCAGAUCCUGAAAGCAGUGCGGAUGAGGACGGGUGCUGAAAACCUUCUGAAAGUAGCCACCAACCAGAAGGUGCGGGAGCAAGUGCGGCUGGAGCUGAGCUUUGUCAACUCCGACCUGCAGAUGCUCAAGGAGGAGCUGGAGGGGCUGAACAUCUCGGUGGGCGUCUAUCAGAGCACAGAGGAGGCAUUUACCAUUCCCCUGAUUCCUCUUGGACUGAAGGAAACAAAAGAUGUGGACUUCUCAGUCGUCCUCAAGGAUUUUAUCCUGGAACAUUACAGCGAAGACAGCUAUUUAUAUGAAGAUGAAAUUGCAGAUCUUAUGGAUCUGAGACAAGCUUGCCGGACGCCCAGCCGGGACGAGGCCGGGGUCGAACUGCUCAUGGCUUACUUCCUGCAGCUGGGCUUCGUGGAGAGCCGCUUCUUCCCGGCCACGCGGCAGAUGGGCCUCUUGUUCACCUGGUAUGACUCCCUCACUGGGGUUCCGGUCAGCCAGCAGAACUUGCUUCUAGAGAAGGCCAGUGUCCUGUUCAAUAUCGGUGCCCUGUACACCCAGAUUGGGACCCGGUGCGAUCGGAAGACACAAGCUGGGCUGGAGAGCGCCGUAGAUGCCUUUCAGAGAGCUGCAGGUGUUUUAAACUAUCUGAAAGAGACGUUUACCCAUACUCCAAGUUACGACAUGAGCCCCGCCAUGCUCAGUGUGCUCAUCAAAAUGAUGCUGGCACAAGCCCAAGAAAGCGUGUUUGAGAAAGUCAGCCUUCGUGGGAUCCGGAACGAAUUCUUCACUCUGGUGAAGGUGGCACAGGAGGCUGCCAGGGUGGGAGAGGUCUACCAGCAGCUGCAUACCGCCAUGAGCCAGGAGCCGGUCAAAGAGAACAUCCCCUAUUCUUGGGCCAGCCUGGCCUGCGUGAAGGCUCAUCACUACGGGGCCCUGGCCCAUUACUUCACUGCCACUCUCCUCAUUGACCACCAGUUGAAGCCAGGUGCAGACGAGGACCACCAGGAGAAGUGCCUGUCCCAGCUCUAUGACCACAUGCCAGAGGGGCUGACACCCUUGGCCACGCUGAAGAACGAACAGCAGCGCCGACAUCUGGGCAAGUGCCACCUGCGCACGGCCAUCGCCCAUCACGAGGAGUCCCUGCGGGGGGUCAGCCUGUGCAAGAAGCUGCGCAGCAUCGACCUGCUGCAGGACGUGCUGUCCGCGGCCCACCAGUGCUCCCGGCUCAAGUACGCGCAGUACCAGGAGGACGAUGACCUGCUGAGCCUGACCGACGCUCCCAGUGUUGUGUCUAAAACUGAGCAAGAGGUUGAGAUUAUAUCACCCCAGUUCUCCAAGGUGACAGUAACGGACUUCUUCCAGAAGCUGGGCCCCUUAUCUGUGUUCUCGGCCAACAAGAGGUGGACACCUCCUCGAAGCAUUCACUUCACUGCAGAAGAAGGGGACCUGGGGUUCACCUUGAGAGGGAACGCCCCAGUUCAGGUCCACUUCCUGGAUCCUUACUGCUCUGCUGCACUGGCAGGAGCCAAGGAGGGAGAUUACAUUGUUUCCAUUCAAGGCGUGGAUUGCAAGUGGCUGAAGGUGAGCGAGGUGAUGAAACUGCUCAAGAGCUUUGGCGAGGAUGAGAUCGAGAUGAAGGUUGUCAGCCUCCUGGACUCCACGUCGUCCAUGCAUGGUAAGUGUGCCACAUACUCGGUGGGGAUGCAGAAAACCUACUCCAUGAUCUGCUUGGCCAUUGAGGACAAUGAUAAAACUGACAAAACCAAGAGAAUCUCCAAGAAGCUUUCCUUCCUGAGCUGGGGCACCAGCAAGAACAGGCAGAAGUCGGCCAGCACCUUGUGUCUCCCUUCAGUUGGGGUGUCCAGGCCUCAGAUCAAGAAGAAGCUCCCCUCCCCUUUCAGCCUUCUCAACUCUGACAGUUCUCUGUACUAAUUUGAGGAAACGGAAAUGUUCCAUUAGUGGUGCUGACGGGGCCUUAAAAACUUGUGCCAUAAUGGAAAAUACCUAAAUGUUGUCAGAUCUCACUUUUUUAUGGUAUAAAUAUGCAUUUCGUGAUUUUUUGAUGAACGAACUUAACAAGUGAUACUCCUCAAAGGAAGAGAAAAUUUCCUUAGGAGUGUCGCUAUUGCUGCGAGUUAUUUAUUAUAUAAAGUAUUGUAAAUAGGAUAGAGUUGAAAAUAUGGCUAUUUUUAGUGGUUAGAGUUAUGGAUUUAGUGACUAUCAGAGUUAAAUUGGGGUAAUGCACAUUAGGACUGUUUGUAAUUGUUUCCAGGUGUGGGUGAUAAUUAUUCCUUAGUCUAGAAUUCAAAUUGACCCCUGAAUUAAGGCAGUUCAGAGGACUAGAAUGGUAGAAUUAGGGUCUCUAAAAACUGUUCCAAAGAGCAGCUUCCGAACAGGAAUUAUUUAACCUACAACAAGGAGAUGUUACUAUUAAUAUCUAUAUGAUAUCCGUACUAUUUCUAGAUAAAGUCUAGUGCCAAAUUUGUCUUUACUUAUUAAAGAAAAACGACGUUAGGAGCAGCUUUCCCUGUAGUGUGUGUCGUUUAAACGUUGCUAACACAGCGUCCGUGUUAGGUGAAGAUCCUGUCUACAAGGUAGAUAACAUACUGUUUGAUACUCAAAACACUUUUCAUUUUGUUUAAAGUAGGAGGUAUAUAAUUGUAUUACUCUAAGUUGGGUAAAAAAGGAGUUUUACAUUUUGUAAGGUAAAAAUGUAAAUGAUUCAAGUUUAAAGCUCUGUUUGACUUUCUUAAGCGACAUUCUUACUAAUUGAUUUGUUAUAUGCUGGAUGACACUGUGACUCUAGUUAAGAUUCACUGUUGACAUAGUAUAAGUUAUAUGGCUGAAAAAACAGCCUUGAAAUCUGAUUUUGAGAAUUAACAAUGUAAGUAUUUUUUAUUGUGCAAUAUCUUAAGGGAAGCAGCCACCUUUGGGGAAGAGUAUCCACUGGUCCUAGGGCCAUGUUUGUAUAAAUAUUUAAAUAAACACAUUCACUCACCUGA